AUGUCGUCCGCGCCCCACCCCGAGGCCGGCCGCCGGCUGCUGCCACACAUUGCCGACCAGGUGGCGGCUGACACGCCCGACCGCGUUCUGUACGAAUAUCCGUCGUCAGCCGACUUGACACGGCCAUGGACGACCGUCACGGCGCGCCAGUUUGCCAAUGCAGUCGACCGAGCCGCGCACUGGAUACGAGACAAUGUGCACGACACGAAGACCAUCGCCGAUAACCGGACAGAGGUCCUCGGGUACAGCGGGCCACCCGACCUCCGCUACUAUAUCCUGGUGCUGGCCGCCGUCAAGGCCGGCUUCGUGAUGCUCUACACGUCGCUGCGCAACAGCCCCGAAGGCGAUGCGGCCGUGCUGGAAGCGGCAGGGUGCACGACGUGGCUGCAGGCAUCGCGGGGCACACACAUUCAGCGGGUGGUCGACUUGGGCACUCCGUUCGCGGCGAGCCUACGACUCGUUGCCCUGCCUGAGCUCGGCUUCUUCCUCGACGACAGCACCCCGUCGCCCCCGUUUUCGUACACAAAGACGUGGGACGAGGGCAGGCGAGACCCCGUGUGGGUACUGCACACGAGCGGCAGCACAGGCCACCCGAAGCCCGUCACGCGCUUUCUGGACAGCGUGGCGUUCGCCGAGGCCAACACGCUGCUGCGGCCGAUCCACGGACGACCACUGCUGCUGCACGACAUCUGGGGCGCCCGUGCGUACCUCGGGUUCCCCAUGUUCCACGCGGCCGGCCUCAACAACGGCAUCCUGUGGCCGCUCGUCCACGGCGGGACGAUUGUGCUGGGCCCCCCGGACUUGGCCCUUAACACGGCCGACGUCGUGGCCGACGUCAUCCGUGCCGCCCGCCCCGCGGCGCUCUACCUGCCGCCGUCGCUCCUCGAGGACCUGGCCAAGGACGAGGCCACCCUGCAGCUGCUGGGCACCACCAAGGCGAUUGGCUACGCGGGCGGCCCGCUGAGCCACGCCACCGGCAACCGCAUCGUCGACCGCCUCCCGCACACGGUCCUCCACCAGGGCAUCGGCACCACCGAGACGGGCUGGCUGCCGGCCGUGCUGACCGACCGCCGCGACUGGUUCUACACGCACGUCCACCCAGACACGGGCUGCGAGCUGCAAGACCGCGGCGGCGGGCUGUACGAGCUGGUCUGUGUCCGCCAGGCAGCGCUCGAGCAGUGGCAGCCCAUCUUCUCGACGUUCCCCGACCUCCAGGCGUAUCCCUUCCGGGACCUCUUUUCCCGGCAUCCGGAUCCGCGCAAGAGCGAUCUGUACAGGUACGAGGGCCGCAUCGACAACGUCUUGGUGCUGUCCAACGGCGAAAAGGUGCAGCCCCAGGCCAUGGAGCUGGCCAUUGUGGCGAGUCCGCUGGUCGGGGAUGCUCUGGUGGUGGGGCAAGGGCGGUUCCAGACGGCGCUGCUGGUGCAGCCGUCGCCGAGCGCCCGCUCUCUGCCGCUGCCCGACUUUCUGGCGGCUCUCGCGCCCGUCCUGGAUGAGGCCAACAGGACCGCCCCGGCGCACGCCCACAUCCAUGCCGACUUUGUCUUGGUCGGCGAUCCCUCGAAGCCGUUUGUCCGCACCGGCAAGGGCACCAUUCGACGCGCACCGACCGUAGAGCUGUACAAAGACGAGCUGGAUGCGCUGUAUGAAAGGGCAGAGGCCGCCCAGGGCGAGGGGGGUGUUGUCGACUUUGCCACAGAAGACUCGUUGAGAGACAGCUUGCGGGAGGCCAUCAAAGGUCUUGCCAGCACAAACAAGGCCAUUGCCGACGACGACGACUUUUUUGUGACAGUUGGCCUGGAUUCACUGCAGGUCUUGACAAUCAGACGGCAGAUUGCAAGGGACGUGCCGGACAGCAUCAGGCCGGCAGACAUUGCGGCGGCACUCAUCUACCGGAAUCCGUCGUUGGCUGCUUUGACACGGGCACUGUGGGAGAUGCAGAGUGCGGGUGGACAGGCAGCCGAUAGGGAAGGCAGUGCAGCGGAGCAGCUGCUGGCAGAGUACUCUCGGACGUUGCAGGCCAUCAAGACAAGCGCAAACGGCGCAAACGGCCACGCCACCAACGGAACCAACGGCGCCAGCAACAGUCACACACCCACUGUCGUCCUCCUGACGGGCAGCACGGGAAGUCUCGGUUCGCACCUACUCAACACGUUGCUGCACACGCCCGACAUCGAUGAGGUUUGGUGUCUCAACCGGGCAGAGGACGGCGGACUUGAGAAGCAGAAAGAACUUCAGGCGCGGCUGGGAACUGCCGACAGUCUCGAAACGGCCCUCACUGCUGGCCAUCUACACUUCCGUCGUGCACGCCUCGCCGACGACCAUCUAGGCCUGCACGGCGAUGACUACGCCCGCCUCCAGCGCUCCGUCACCCACAUCCUCCACACCCAGUGGCAGGUCGACUUCAACCUAGCCGUGUCGUCGUUCAAGCCGCACCUUGCCGGCAUCGUCAAGCUGGUCGAGUUGGCUGCGUCGUCAACCCGCCAUCCCCAUGUCCUCUUCACCUCCUCCGUCGGGAUUGCCAACCGCUCGGCGGCCGCUGUGCCUGAGCAGUUUUUGUCUGACUUUUCCACGGCUGGGUCUGGCUACGGCGAGUCAAAACUGCUGGCCGAGCUUCUUCUGCAAAAAGCAGCGGCGGUCCACGGCCUCCCCGUCACCGUCGUCCGCGUCGGCCAGAUCAGCGGACCGGUCACGCUGCCAAAGCAUGCAGGCAUCUGGAACCCCAAGGAAUGGUUUCCCAGCCUGGUCGCGUUCUCUGCCCAUACGCGGCGUUUGCCCACGUCGCUGGGCCGCAACGAACGUGUCGACUGGAUCCCGGCAGACCAUUUGGCACAGAUCCUGCUGGAGUUUGCAACCGCCGCCACAGCCGCGACCGCCCCGGGCGAGGCCACGCUCGUGCAUGCCGUCCACCCCCGUUCUACGACGUGGUCCGACGUACUUCUCCCGAGUGUCCUCGCUCACUUCAAGGCACAAGGCACGCCCCUCCAGGCAGUCGCUCUCGACGACUGGGUCGCCACGCUGGUCAAAGAAGCACAGACGGCCGACGACGCCCUGUCGGCCAAGCUCUCGGCCCUUCGUCUCGUGCCGUUCUUGUCCAGCCUGGCGACUGCGUCGGCUCCAGCACGGCCGCUAUUCGACACAUCCAUCGCUGUUCAGAAAAGCGCAACAUUGCAGUCGCUGCCUCCCAUUGCGGCCGACUCUGUCGAAAUUUGGCUCCGCCAAUGGGGCUUGUAG